UGAGGGUGGCAGAAGAGGGCAAUGUUCUUGUCCCAAAGUCCUUCCCCUUUGCUGUUACAGGUAAGUAGUGAAAAUGAUUAGUAACGAGACAUGUACUUAGUGGUCUCUAUUUAUUGCACAUGAAGUUGAUUGAAAUGAUAUUAACCUCUUCCUUGUAGCUAUAGACAUAUAAUAAUUAUAUUGUGUUCUGUUAGCUACAGAAGAUAGUGCUGAGUGAGCGAGUGCAAUAAUUAUUAUUGUCAAGCAGAGUGGAGCCUAGCUACUCAGAAUAUGUGGUUUCUAUUUUGGGAUGACGUCCAUGACAGCACGGUUGCAUUGGAAUCUCGUUAAAGUGAACUCCAGGGGACGCCUUCACAACUCAAAGGAUAGUUUUAUCGAAACAGACAUCACGGCUGAUACUCACGAAGAAGAGCAAGAAACUUCACCCCUAGCCAAUCCGUGGUCAUAUCCUCAGUCAAGGCAGCCCCACCAGACAUUUGGCGAAACGCUAUGUCAUGUACAUAGCUCUUUUAGACUUCUCCUUCUCUUCCACUGCCGUUAUAAUUUCAACUCUCUUCGCCAGGGGUAAUGA